AUGCAUUCCUUGUUCCGACUUACUCGUGAAGAUAAGGCGAAGCAGGUCGCCGAGACCCCGGCUUCCAGUGCGCGGAAGGGUAACCGGCCGGAGGCGAAGAAGAAAGCUCCUGCUUCUGGUUCCAAGGACGGCGAGCGUCGACCCUUGGUGUUAGGUCUCCCUGCGCCAUCUAGACCGUUGGGUUCAGCUCCUUUGAGACGUGAUGAGGAGCGGGUUGUGAGCCGCAAGCGUGUGUUCGACAUUGUUGCGAGCCGGAAGAUGGUCACCAAGAAGCAGCGUGUCCGCGAGUCGAUUGACGUCGAGGAGCCUGCGUCUGAUCCUGUCGGCUUAUUCUCCCGGUGCUCAUCUUUGAAGAUCAAGCUUCCACCUUUAGAGUCUAUGAGGGCUCGCAAUUCCUUUAUCGAGGUGUCGACGCAAGGGACGAAGUUCAUCGAGUCGAUCUAUGGGCUCACCGCUGACUACGAGAUUAAGGCUCGCCGCGAUCACGAGCUGAUCAUGGAGUCGAGGAGGGAGGUGGGCUUGCUGGAGAAGCAACUUAAGGAUAAGAAUGACUCCGAUGGUGGGGAGGCAGCGGAAGCGCUAAAGCGAGAACACGAGGAAGUGGUGGAAGUGUUGGAGGCUCGCGUGGACAGGUUGCAGAGAGAGAAGGAGAAGCUUCAGAAAGAUCUUACUGCGAGGGUCGAACUCGAGUUGCGAUUCGAGAAACGAGAAGUUAGGAUGGAGAAAAACAUUAAGGAGAGCUGCGGGCGUGACAUCGAGUGUGUGCGGCGCGAGCUAUCAGCGAAGCUCGACAAGGUGACGCCGGCACUCAGGGAUCUUCAGGAUGCGAGGCGAGCUGAGGCUCAUGUGACACAGAUCGAUGCCAACCUCGAUUUUAUCCGUCUUCAUAAGAAGGGCGAGAUCACAGAUUUUGACGCGGAGGUGGAGAUGCUUCGUAAGAUCCGAGCAGAGAAGAUGGGAGUUCUCGUGAAGUGCGACGAGAUUGCUUCCAGGUUGUUGAGCGAGCUCGGGCUUCCUCCUCUUACACCCGAACCGCCGAUCGUUCCGCCUCCUGCGUUCGAUCCCGAGUCAGUCGAGAAGGCGGCCGGAAAGAUUGGGGUCGCUGAUCCGCAUGGUUCGAACAUCACUGCGCCUGUGUCCUCGGAUGAUACUUCUUUGGGGGUCGAGCAGGUUUCGGGUGAAACCACCGCUGUAGGAGAUGAAGCUGGCGAGCCGAGCCGACUCCCGAGAAGACGACAGACGCCACCUCUACUUAGGUUUUACUGCUUUAUGUUUUUUGUUUCGUACUUAGUGCCUGGACGGCUUUAUCCAUUGUGA